UACGAAUCAAUAAUUUAAUAAUCCCAUAGUGCAAAAUUUUUAUAUUUGCAUGUAGUAGGUAACAAAAUUGGUACCGAGUAUGUUUGAAAUACUUUUCGUCUCCUUAAUCAUGGCCGUGCAAACUUCCGAAACAAGCUACUAUCUCCACACCAGACAAACCACACCCCAGCAAUUUGACAAAGAACCACCAUCCAACUUCAACUCCUCAAAGUUAACCAAAAUCAUCAUACACGGGUAUAGGCAGAGUUCAAAAAGGCAGUGGUACCGGCAGAUGACCAAUGAGUACCUGAAGAGAGGGGACUUUAAUAUCGUGCAAGUCGACUGGGCGAGUCUUGCAUCGGGCAGCUAUUUCACAGCCGCUCGCAAUACCGCGAUCGUUGGAGCAAACCUCGGCGAACUGGUAGCGAAUUUGCGGCAAAACUCAGUGAAGGUACAUUUAAUCGGUCACUCUCUGGGGGCGCACGUUGCCGGGCAUGCGGGGCGAAGGGUUUUUAAAUCGUUAGGAAACAGCAGGGUUGGUCGAAUUACCGGAUUGGAUCCGGCGGGUCCGCUAUUCGAAUCGCCGCGAUUGUUGCGGGGUUUGACGCGGACCGAUGCCGAAAUUGUUGAUGUAAUACACACGGAUGGGGGUAUGUUCGGGUGUAAGAAUCCAUUGGGUACCGUCGACUUUUACCCGAAUGGUGGGGUACGCCAUCAACCGGGGUGUUCGCCGUCAGACUUGCGGACGGAACUCCGCAGCUUACAUGACAUUGUGUUUUGCAGCCACGAGAAGAGUUAUGGAUACUUUAUAGAAUCUAUUAAUAAUCGCGUCUUUGAAGGGAGGAAAUGUAACAGUUGGCUCAGACGAAAUUGUAGCGGCGUUGUUGCGGUAAUGGGAGAGGGCUACGUGAGGAAACCAGAUUUAUUGGGAGUAUUUUAUUUGAAUACUACUCAGUUUUAGCCACUAAAGUUUCCAGAAAAUAUAAUUUCUAGUAGCCAAGCACAACUGCACGAUGUUGUCAACGUUUUCCACCUCUGCAAUCCGCCAAGGGUUAAAUCUUGGACCCCUUCUGUUUUUAGCACAUUUUCCAACUU